GCUGAGAUGGGUUACGUCAAUUGUUGACAUUUGAUGUUGACUUUAUCACCUGUCGAUCAUAGGGUAACGUCAGUGGCGACAUCAGUCCGGAAGAUACUCGAAUAAUUGUUGAAAGUUUGCUACAACGCCAUAUUCCUAUUAAUACUAACUAUGGACGCCUCUCAAUUAACAGAAGAAUCUCCUGAUUCCAAAGAACCGCUUGCACGUUUCCAUCCGUCCAGUCAACGAAUACAGUCUAAAAUAGCCUCUCUUUAAUUUGAGUAUCAAACGCCCGCCUAUCAACGGCUCACGCUUUAUCAAUCAUGACCCCCUUAGGAGACGCCGACCUUAAUAGACAAAAGAGCAGCUCAACGGCUAGAGGAGACUCCUCAUAUCUAGAAGGCACCGAGAACACCCAUUCUACCAAACAUGGAAUUACCACAUCGAAGAAGCGUAAGUCGGAUGCUAUAGAAGAGCACGAGGGCCCACCUGAAGUAGACGACGAUGACCCCCGCCUUUAUGAAAUAAACGACACAUGCAACGAGAUCCGCCGGAAGAUCAAAGACUUCAUUCAGGGCGGGAAUAUGAAAGUUGGAGAGUUCCAGGAAGCCAUCGGAGUAUCCUCGACUGCAUACCAACGGUUUAUGAACCAGAACGGCACAUAUAAAGGCCAAGAAAGCGAUACCUAUCUCAAAGCAUCUGCUUUCUUCAAGAAGCGCGAGCUGCAAGGUCUGAAGGCAGCCCCGCCCAAGAGACCCCGGAAAAGCGACAGUAAAGCUCUAGAUACCGGCGAUAUAAAGCUGGGCGGAGAAGACACGCAGAGCGUGAAAGUCCAUGACACAUGCGACGAGAUCCGCAAGAAGAUCCGGGCUUUCCUCCGGAAACCCCACAUUACUCGGAGCGCCUUCUGCCGCGCCAUAGGGGAGAGCUUCCCUGAACACAAGCAGAUCUCACCCAGGCAGCUUAAGGCGUUCCUAGAUAAGAAAGGAUCCAUGUCCGGGAACACCAGUCCUGUGUUUUACGGCGCCUACGUGUUCUUCGAAAAGCUGCGCAUCAAAGAGGGCAAGCCCAAGUCUGAGAUGAGGCUGGAGAUGGAGAAGAUUCACCCUCGCGGUUUAAAUACUACUGAGCUCGAAAAUCGGUUUCUGUGUAAGGAUAAUGUGCGUCCGACGCAUGAUAAAUACGGGCGCAUCUGUUUUAUUCGCGUCCAAUCUCUUUUUGUCACUCCUGUCAUGUCAGGUACCUAACGUACCAGGCAUAUAGCUAGAGUUUCGUGUUAUGCAUGUGUAAGAUACCAAGGGUACUUGAUAUGGUCAGGAGUGGAGUGGGAAGCGACUCGCUAGCUAAAAGAACGAACAACCGAGGUACCUGACAGGUUUUACAGUUGGUAUACUAGUAUAACAAUUUCAAGUUCAUCUCCAACGUGCUCCCUU